CGCCCCCAAGGGCAUUCGAUGAGAGCUGGUCUGUCCGGCAUAUUUGAGUCUGGUCUUAUCUCUUGGGUGUGGGCGGUGCCUAGUGUCAUCCUCCUAUACCAGUCACCCUUGGACGACAAAUUCAUCAUGAUGGUAUUCUGAACGUCUGAGCGUCACGGAUAACCCACAGGCGACAGUAACUUGCCGCAGGCUGUGGUAACUUGUCUCAGGCGACGAUAACUUGCCGCAGGAGACGGUAACUCCCAACAGCAACAGCUUCACGUCAUCAUGUGGUUGGAGGUGGUGCUGUUUGUGGUGCUGGUGGUGCUGCUGCGGUACUGGUUCCUCAGGCCCAAGGGCAUGCCCCCAGGUCCCAUGGUGUUCCCGUAUCUGGGAAGCGAACCUGCUUUCGACCACGACAAACUGAGGGCCUACAGGAAGAAAUAUGGCGAUAUCUUCAAAACCGAAAUAGGACCGAACCGGAUGAUAUUCCUGUGUAACUACGAGCUGAUAAAGGAGACCUUCAGCAAACCAGAGCUGUCUGAUCGUCCUUAUAUGUCUUUCCCAAACAGGAUAUCCGACGGGGAGGUGGCAGGAGUGAUCAUGACCAAUGGGGAGAGGUGGCAGAACGCUCGUAGGUUCUUACUGCGUAACCUGCGGGACCUGGGCAUGGGCAAGACCUACCUGGAAGACGCCAUCAUACACGAGGCCAACAUGGUGGUGGAAAACAUGAAAACCCUCACCGGAGCGCCCACACCUUUCCCCAAGUGCAUCAGCAUCGCGGGCCUCAACGUCGUGUGGCAGAUGAUAGCAAGUAAACGUUACGAACUUGGGGACGAGGAAAUUGCGAGAUUCAUCGACCUGAUUAAGGCUACAAAUUUCAGCAACAUUCUGAUGCUACUGGUCGAGUUCAUUCCCUGGGUGAAAAUGCUCGUCCCAACAUUUGUUUUGAGAAAGUUUUGUCAAGAGGAUAUUUUUGAAAAGACAAAGUCUGAAUCCAAGCGUAUCAUGAGGGAGGUGGUGACCGAGCAUCGGGCCAAGCUCGACCCAGACAACCCUCGGGACGUCGUGGACCAGUACCUGGUGGCCAUGGACUCCAAAGCUGACAUCGCAGAGUUCUUCAGCGAAACGGACUUGAUGAGGAUAAUUUUUGAUCUCUUCGGGGCCGGUUUCGACACAACGUCUAGCAUGCUCCGCUGGACGAUCCUGUACAUGAUUAAGUACCCCGACGUCCAGCGACGCGUGCAGCAGCAGAUUGACGACGUCGUCCCGCGAGACACCUUGCCGUCCUACCAACACAAGUCCAGGUUGUCUUUGGUGGAAGCGACCAUUCACGAGGUUCUUCGUGUGUCUUCACUCGUUGCUAUGGGGGUCCAACACGCAAACCAAACUGACAUGUAUCUGAAAGGCUACUUCAUCCCGAAGGGAAGUUGGGUGUUUGGGUUGACUUUGUCUUGUCAUGAAGACCCGAAGUACUGGGAGAAACCCGAGCAGUUCAACAUCGACCGGUUCUUGGACGCCGAAGGAAACUUCGCUCCCCAAAAAGAGGGCUUCUUGCCUUUUGGCGUUGGUCGGAGGAGCUGCUUGGGGGAGGCGCUGGCCAGGAUGGAGUUGUAUAUUUUCACUGCCGCCAUCCUCCAGAACUUCUCCUUCUCCGCCCCCGAGGGCUGUGAGGUCGACCUUGAGCACGACAACAAGAUACCACCGAUAAGACAAGCCAAGGAGCAGAAUAUUGUCAUCACCCUGAGGAAGUAGUGAGCGACAGCAUCAUUGGUCCUACGUGUAAAAAGUGGAUUGAUGUGUCACCUUGUAACUAGAGAGUAGUCUUAGAAACAUUCUUUGAAAUGUUCUUAGAAAACGGGCCAUUUCCUAGAUUCGCCAAAUUUGUUUAUUUUGUAACAUUAUAGUUUAGUAAACUAUACAUGUAAUGAAAUUUACGACUUUCUCCUUUAUAACAUCUAUUAAUAAUUAGCAAAAUAAGAUAAAAUACAUUAAUAAAUCUUUUUUAUUUA